UUUGUCCUGUGUUAAUUAAGUGUAUUAAUAACGAUUGUAUACAGUCAUUUUUCUUCUUUUAAUUGCAAUUUCCAACCUCACUUUCGUCCUAUUGACGUCAUUGCGGAAAACAUUUGCUAUAUUUCCUCGAAAAAUUUCUUCAACUAAAUCCCAACUCAACACCCACUCGACUGUUCGUUCUUCUCGACUGAAGGAUGAAGUUUCCCAGUUUUCUCGCUGUUUUUUCUCUUCUACAGGUAAUUUUAUUGAUACCUGGACUGUGCGCGAGAAAGACUGAUUCUUGUGGCCGUUCAGUUUCCUAUCCCACAUUGGGGGAGAGGCAUUCUAAAGAAUAUUGUGCAAUGUAUGAUAUAUGUGGACAACGAAGUGAUGGGAAAGUUCUAAAUUGCCCUUAUGGUUCGCCAUCUGUGAAGCCUGAUGAUCUAUUUUCUGCCAAAAUUCAAAGCUUGUGUCCAUCAAUAAGCGGUAAUGUUUGUUGCACAGAGGAUCAAUUUGACACAUUGCGGGCACAAGUUCAGCAGGCCAUUCCUUUCCUUGUUGGUUGUCCAGCGUGCUUGAGGAACUUCUUAAAUCUCUUCUGCGAGCUUUCAUGCUCUCCUAAUCAAAGUCUAUUCAUCAAUGUGACUUCUGUUUCAGAGGUUAAUGGCAACUUAACAGUGGAUGGCAUCGACUUUUUUGUAUCUGAUGCUUUUGGAGAAGGGCUUUAUGACUCCUGCAAGGAGGUAAAGUUUGGGACCAUGAAUACAAGAGCCAUUGAAUUCAUAGGAGCUGGGGCAACAAACUUUAAAGAGUGGUUUGAAUUUAUUGGUCAGAAAGCUCCUCCUGGAUUUCCUGGUUCACCUUAUGCUAUUGAUUUCAAGUCUACUGUUCCUGACUUAUCUGGAAUGAGGCUGAUGAACGUUUCUACUUAUUCAUGUGGUGACACCACUCUUGGCUGCUCUUGUGGUGAUUGCCCUUCAUCACCUCAAUGCUCCAAUUCUGAACCUCCUUCACCACCGAAAAAAGAUCACUGCUCAAUAACUAUUGGGCCUGUUAAGGUAAGAUGUAUAGACUUUGCAUUAGCUAUAGCAUAUAUCAUAUUGGUUUUGGGACUUUUUGGAUGGGCAUUGUUUCAUCGGCAACGAGAAGGAAUACUUGAAUCCGACAGGGAACCAUUACUGAAGUCAAUAGAUGAAGAUGAAGCAAAUUUGUCUAACAUGCAAUAUGAUGAGAAUCUUGCUUUGGAGGGACGUGGGGUGGCUUCACAACUGAAAAAUGAGGCGCAACUUUCUAUUAUUCAAGGAUAUAUGUCGAGGUUUUACAGGAGUUAUGGAAUAUGGGUUGCUAGAAAUCCUACUCUUGUAUUGUUUUCAUCACUGGCAGUUGUUAUUGUGCUAUGUUUUGGUCUCAUUCGUAUUGAAGUGGAGACAAGGCCAGAGAAGUUGUGGGUAGGCCAUGGAAGUAGGGCAGCAGAAGAGAAACAGUUUUUUGACAGUCACCUGGCACCUUUCUACAGAAUUGAACAGCUUAUUUUAGCAACUUUGCCUGAUAAAACACAAGGGAAGUCCCCCAGUAUAGUGUCAGACGAUAACAUCCAAUUGCUUUUUGAAAUUCAAGAGAAGGUUGAUGGACUUCGUGCAAUUUAUUCUGGUUUGAAUGUGUCUCUUACUGAUAUUUGCUUGAAGCCACUUGGCCAAGAUUGUGCUACUCAGAGUAUUUUACAGUACUUCAAGAUGGAUCGGGAAAACUUUGAAAACUAUGGAGGAGUUACACAUGCUGAGUACUGUUUUCAGCAUUACACUUCUUCAGAGACAUGUCUGAGCGCAUUUGAGGCUCCACUUGAUCCUAGCACUGCGUUAGGGGGAUUUUCUGGGAUCAAUUAUUCUGAGGCUUCUGCAUUUGUUGUAACCUACCCAGUUAAUAAUGCAAUUGAUGAAGCAGGCAACGGGAAUGGGAAGGCAGUGGCUUGGGAAAAAGCUUUUAUUCAGUUAGUGAAGGAAGAGCUGCUACCUUUAGUUCAGUCUAGAAAUCUGUCUCUUUCCUUUUCAUCUGAAAGCUCAAUUGAGGAAGAACUGAAAAGAGAGAGCACUGCAGAUAUUAUAACAAUUGUGGUAAGCUAUCUUGUAAUGUUUGCUUACAUAUCUAUCACAUUGGGUGAUGCACCUCGUUUGUCUACUGUCUAUAUCUCAUCCAAGGUCUUGCUUGGUCUCUCAGGAGUUGUUCUUGUCAUGCUCUCCGUUCUUGGAUCUGUUGGGUUGUUCAGUGCUUUUGGGGUUAAGUCAACAUUGAUCAUAAUGGAAGUGAUACCUUUUUUGGUUUUGGCUGUUGGAGUGGAUAACAUGUGUAUACUGGUUCAUGCCGUAAAACGGCAACCAUUGGAGUUACCUUUAGAGGAGCGAAUCAGUAAUGCAAUGGUUGAAGUUGGUCCAUCCAUAACACUAGCUAGUUUGUCUGAGAUUCUUGCAUUUGCUGUUGGAGGUUUCACUCCUAUGCCAGCUUGCCGUGUCUUUUCCCUGUUUGCAGCUGUGGCUGUUUUGCUGGACUUCCUCCUACAAGUUACUGCUUUUGUUUCACUGAUAGUUUUCGACUGUCUGAGAGCCGAGGAUAACAGGAUUGACUGUUUUCCAUGCAUAAAAAUUCCGUCAUCUACUGAAGAGCCUGGUGAAGCCUUGGACUCCAGAGGACCUGAACUUUUGUCAAGAUAUAUGCAAGAAAUACAUGCACCCUUUCUUGGACUUUGGGCUGUCAAAGUGGUAGUAAUUGCCAUCUUUGUUGCUUUUUCUUUGGCAAGCAUAGCCCUUUCCACAAGGGUUGAGCCUGGUUUGGAGCAACAAAUUGUUCUUCCUCGGGACUCGUAUCUUCAGGGAUAUUUCACCAAUAUCUCAGAAUAUCUCAGAAUCGGACCGCCAUUGUAUUUUGUUGUUAAGGAUUACAAUUACAGCUUGGAAUCAAGAGAUACAAAUAAGUUAUGCUCCAUCAACCAGUGUGAUUCUAACUCUCUCUUGAAUGAGAUAUCAAGGGCAUCAUUAGUUCCUGAAUCAAGCUUCAUUGCAAAGCCAGCUGCUUCAUGGCUUGAUGAUUUUCUUGUAUGGUUAUCACCAGAGGCAUUUGGUUGUUGUCGGAAGUUUACAAAUGGCUCUUACUGUCCUCCAGAUGAUCAACCACCUUGUUGUUCACCCGAUGGAGGUUCUUGUGGCUUAGGUGGAGUCUGCAAAGACUGUACAACGUGCUUCCGCCACGCGGAUCUGGUUAAUGAUCGCCCAUCUACAGAGCAAUUUAGAGAGAAGCUUCCUUGGUUCCUUAAUGCACUGCCAUCCGCUGAUUGUGCUAAAGGUGGUCAUGGGGCUUACACUAGCAGUGUGGAUUUGAAUGGUUACGAAAAUGGUGUUAUAAAAGCAUCAGAAUUUCGUACUUAUCACACACCGGUUAACAGACAAGGUGACUAUGUUAAUGCAUUGCGAGCUGCAAGGGAGUUCAGCUCAAGAGUUUCUGAUUCACUAAAGAUGCAAAUCUUUCCCUAUUCGGUCUUCUACAUUUUCUUUGAGCAAUACCUUGAUAUUUGGAGGAUUGCUUUGACGAAUAUUGCUAUUGCACUAGGUGCUAUUUUUAUUGUCUGUCUGGUUAUCACAUCCAGUUUGUGGAUUUCCGCCAUCAUUGUACUGGUAUUGGUGAUGAUUGUUGUAGAUCUCAUGGGUGUAAUGGCAAUUCUGGGUAUUCAGCUCAAUGCAAUCUCAGUCGUGAACCUUAUCAUGUCGAUAGGGAUUGCCGUUGAAUUCUGUGUCCAUAUAGCAAAUGCGUUCUUGGUAUGUAAUGGGAAUAGAGAUCAAAGAAUGAAGGAGGCUCUUAGUACCAUUGGAGCAUCUGUAUUCAGUGGAAUCACCCUCACGAAGCUUGUAGGAGUAGUUGUGCUUUUCUUCUCAAGAUCAGAGCUUUUUGUGGUAUAUUACUUUCAGAUGUACUUAGCAUUGGUUCUUGUCGGUUUCUUGCACGGGCUUGUGUUUUUACCAGUGGUGCUGAGUUUGAUGGGUCCUCCCGCAAGAAAUAUUGCUUAAGAAAUAUAAUUGAUAACCUUGGAAUUGACUACAGAGAAUUCCCGUCAUUUCUGCAAAAACUUGGUUUUCAAAGUCCUUGAACGUUUAUCAUCCUUAACCCCAACGAUUCACAUACAACGUGUUGGUUAAAUUAUGUAAUCGGUCCCUGUAAUAUGUAGAAGUUGUGUAUUUAUUCCGGCUACCUUAAUUAGUAGGGCAUGGCUUUUGUGUUGUGA